GGAAAAGGAAAUCGGAGUUUGAGAAAUCGGAGAAAUGGGGUUGAUAUCGGGAAUGGUGAUGGGGAUGCUGCUCGGGAUCGCGUUAAUGGCGGGUUGGAAGUACAUGAUGACUCAUCGCAGCAUUAAGCGUAUUUCUAAGGCAGCUGAUAUUAAAUUACUGAGCUCACUGAAAAGAGACGAUCUACGGAAAAUUUGCGGUGAGAGUUUUCCUGAAUGGAUUUCGUUUCCUGUUUUCGAGCAGGUGAAAUGGCUGAACAAACAACUGAGCAAACUCUGGCCAUUUGUCGCAGAUGCAGCAGAAGUUAUCAUAAAAGAAUCCGUUGAACCAUUACUGGAAGAUUAUCGACCACCAGGGAUUACUUCAUUGAAAUUCAGCAAAUUGUCACUCGGGACCGUGGCUCCUAAAAUUGAAGGUAUUCGAGUUCAAAGCCUUAAGCAAGGUCAAAUCACCAUGGAUAUUGACCUUCGUUGGGGCGGUGAUCCAAACAUUAUUUUAGGCAUUCAGGCCGCACAUAUUGCUUGUAUUCCGAUUCAGUUGAAGGAUCUCCAAGUUUUCACAGUAGUUCGUGCGAUUUUCCAACUUACAGACGAAAUUCCUUGCAUCUCUGCAGUUGUUGUUGCUCUGCUAGCCGAGCCAAAGCCACAAAUUGAGUAUACUCUAAAAGCCGUCGGCGGAAGUUUAACAGCUCUUCCUGGACUUUCGGAUAAGAUCGAGGAUACCGUAAAUUCAAUCGUAACAGACAUGCUUCAAUGGCCUCACAGGAUUGUAGUUCCUAUUGCCAAUAAUGUAGAUAUAAGUGAUUUGGAGCUCAAGCCUGUUGGGAAGCUUACAGUAACUAUCUUGAGAGCAAAUGAUUUGAAAAACAUGGAGUUGGUCGGAAAAUCUGACCCCUACGUCGUUGUGCACAUACGCCCGUUGUUUAAAGUGAAAACGAAAGUUAUAGACAACAAUUUGAACCCUGUUUGGAAUGAAAUGUUCGAGUUAAUCGCAGAAGAUAAAGAGACGCAGUCUCUGAUAUUGGAGGUGUUCGAUGAAGAUAUUGGAGAUGACAAGCGAUUGGGAGUUGCAAAGCUGCCGUUGAUCGAGCUCGAAGCUGAAACAUCUAAAGAAAUCGAGCUAAGGCUGCUUCCUUCGCUCGAUAUGCUUAAAAUCAAAGACAAGAAAGAUCGAGGCACUCUUACUAUUCAGGUGUUUUAUCACGAAUUCUUGAAGGAAGAGCAAUUGUUUGCUCUAGAAGAAGAGAAGAGAAUAUUCGAAGAAAGAAAGAAACUAAAAGAAGCCGGAGUAAUAGGAAGCACCGUUGAAGCCCUAGACGGAGCCGCCUCUGCAGUUGGCUCCGGCGUCGGUAUGGUCGGCAGCGGCAUCGGUGCCGGAGUUGGCUUCGUCGGCACCGGAUUUGGAGCCGUCGGUAGUGGAUUGAGUAAAGCCGGGAAGUUCAUGGGCCGUACCAUCACCGGCCACCACUCCGGCGGGUCCCGCCGGAGCGGCUCCUCCACCCCCGUCCAUGAGAACGGAAGUGUGAAGACCAAGUCGAGUUGAUUAUUUGUCGACGUGGAAUUUUUUUGGUAUUUUUGCCGUCCACACGCACGCACCCGUACGGGUGUGUGUGUUUUUCUCGGUGGAAUGAAUAGUGGAUUAUUAAUUAUUAUCCAGGUGGCAUGUAAUAGACCUAUGUUAUCCUUUUUCUCCUAAAUUAGUAUUUUUCGAAAGUUAUUUUCACCACUAUUUAAUUUGGUUCCAAUGCAAGUUUUUUUUUUUUUUUCUUUUUCUGAUGAAAGUUGUUCGGGCAAAUUACGACCACCCACUAAAGUAAAAUUAA